AUGGCUUCGCCGGCUCCAUCAAUGGAAAGAAGGACUGCAGUUAUUUUUGGAGGAAAUUUCCCAAUUUUGCGUGUUUCGCUAAAUUACCGCAUUGUUGCUGUUUGGCACAGGAUUGCCGAGGAUGAAGAUACCACUGGGGGCGUGCGCGUCGGCGAUGAAGCAGAAAUGUCCGACGGAGCAGACCACGGAGUUGGAUCGAUUGAAGGCGAACGCUCUGCAGGGAUGGAGUCGAACGAGAACGACUUUCAGGAAGACGAUACAGAACACGACCGUCAUGCAGAGGCCGAUGUCGACAAUGGGGAUGUGGUUGAAUUGGAAGACGGUUUGGACGGCGCCGGAGGAAUGUCUAAGAAUUAUGCGGAAGACGAGUUUUACGCCGUUGAUUCCGGCGAGUCCAUAGGUUGGAUUGAUUUUUUGAACUUGAGCGCGGAUGAUGUUCUCCGGUUUAAUUUCGCAGAUGUUGACAUUGCAUUUGAGUUCUAUCAGCAAUAUGCAAAGCACCAUGGAUUCGGCGCGAGACGUUCCAGAAGCGAAAAACGCGGCGAAGUAAGGAUAUGGCAGGAGUUCGUGUGCCACCGACAAGGGUUCCGAUCCCCGAAGUUCUACUCGAUGCCUAACCGGCAAAAGAGGCCGAGGGCCGAGACACGGUGUGGAUGCCCUGCAAGGAUGUUACUCCGCAUGGACGAUGAAUCAGGACGUUGGCACGUUGCGUUCUUUUCAGACGCGCAUAACCACCACGUUCUUGAGUUGCGAUUUUCUUCCAUGCUCCCGGGCCAUCGGAGGAUGAGCGAAGCGGACAUCGAGCAGAUGAACGACAUGCGCAAAGGGGGGCAUUGGCGUCUCCCGAAUCCACGGUUUUAUGGCGAGCCUGGUCGGCGGGUGUUUGGAGACGUGGUUGCGUUUGAUGCAACGUACAAGAAAAACGUUUACCUUUCACCUCUCGUAGUAUUCUCCGGUGUGAAUCACCACAACCAAACGGUUGUCUUUGUCGCUGUACUGGUGGCAGACGAGAAAGAAGAGACCUAUGUCUGGCUGCUUCAGUAG